CGCAAAUCAAUCAGCAGAGUUCAACUCGAAUAUUCGGCAACAUGAAGGUAUACGCUUUCUCGUUCCUCAUCCUGGCUCUUUUGGCGGUCGGCUUCGGUCGCGCCACUAGGUGCCCGAAGGUAGAUGGAAAAUAUGCAGUCAGCAUACCGAACUAUCUUAACUGCAGCACAUUCUACAAAUGUAACAACGGUGAAGCGGUUCUGUUCGAGUGCUCCGCAGGAUUGCAUUACAACGCUGAAAAGGGAGUAUGCGACUGGCCUCAGAGUGCUGGAUGCCCUGAUCCUCCCACCGAACCCACUACCGAAUCAACUACCGAAUCAUCUACCGAAUCUGCAGACGUGGAUGAUGUCGAUAUAAAUAAAGUAUAUAAGCCUCCGAUCCAUCAAGCCACAUCACAGUCAGCACAUCGAAUAUUCGGCAACAUGAAGGCAUACGUUUACUCAAUUCUUGCCCUGGCUUUCCUGGCGGUGGCCUACGCCGUCGAAUGCCCUGAAGAAGACGGUGAAUAUGUCUUUUUAUUCGAAAACCCGUCCAACUGCAGCACCUUCUAUAAAUGCAGCCAGGGCGUAGCAAAUCUUAUGAGCUGCUCCUCUGGUUUGGAAUUCAAUGCAGAACUGGAAGUCUGUGACUGGCCAGAGAACGCCAAUUGCAGCGUAGCAAGUGUUGGUGAAGACGAUGAGAACGAUGAUGAAGUUGUCGAUGAUGCGGAGGCAGAUGAGGAGGACGAAGAUGAGGAGGACGAAGACGAGGAGGAGAUUGGGCAGAGGAAGAAGGGAGAUAAAGGAGAGAACAAGUGGAUAGGUCUUAUCCGCAGAUGUCCCAAGGUCAAUGGUGUAUACGCCGUCAGUAUUCCCAACUACCGUGAUUGCAGAAAAUUCUACAAAUGCGACCACGGUAAAGCCGUUCCGUUCUCCUGCCCCUCUGGAUUGUUGUACAACAGGAAUCUUCAAGUAUGUGAUUGGCCUCAGAACGUCAUCUGCAGAUCCUUCAUCAAAUCCACAGACGUGGAGAAUUAAUAGAAGAUGCUGGAGUUAACUUUUUACUUGCGCAAUUACCACUUCGCUGAUUAAUUCAACUAAAUGUAAUAAGUAUCUUGUAUUUUGAUAUGCUAUCAAUAAAUAUGUGCAGCGAAUCCACAAAA